UGAAAAAAAAAAUGUUUUAUUGGUGUCUAGAAAAGUUAAAUAUUCCUUUCAUGAACUAUAAGCAUUUCUGUGUACAACAAUUAUAUAAAACAAUACUUUCUGUACACCCUAGUUAUGCAAAUGAACUAGAUCUUUUCAUUUAUUUCCAUUCUAAGGGAUGAAAACUGAUAUGAAAGAUUAGGCUUAAAAGAUUUCUUAUCCUGUGGCUCCCUCUAGUGGACAACAUUAAUAUCACAGCUUUUUCACCUGAAAUUAAUUAAACGUACAUUAAUUCUUAUUAAAGCUACUAAAGUUACUUGGUCAAGAGCAGUGAGUAAAUUAUUCUUUUUCUUUUGUUGUUUGAUUAACAUUAAAAGAACACAGAGACAGCAGCGGGUAUAUUAGGUUUCUGUCACUUUAAGACCUUCCAACUGUUUACCUUCACUCAGGACAUAACCGAUUGUGUUUACCUCAGUAUUUGCCAAGACGGUUCCUUUUCGCGGUUUAUUGCGCUUAAUAACUAUUUUUUUUUUAAAAAAAAAAAAAAAAAUCAAUCAGAGUUCCUGCGCUAAUUUCUCAUUCGCUUUAACAUUGUCAAACACUUAAGCAGUCAUGCUUUGCGCGGCUAUAUUUACAGACCGCGAUAUAGGCCUACAGGACACAGCAAAUUAUAUAAUUUAAAAUAAUGCUAAAUUUGAAUACUAUCAUUUAGAAUUUCCAGCUGAAUCAAAUGUGAAUCUCAGUCUCCUCAGCACCUUUGCGCGAGUCUUUAUGACGUCACAUUUAGAACGUUACCUAUUAUUAUAGUCUAGUAUUUAAAGGCGUGAAAGUCUCUUGCUCAUUUUGUAGGUUGAAGUUUCGGAGUAUCUGGUAUCAGAGUGACAACGGUUUUAUCAUGGGACAGCUAAGUUCGCGACCGAACAAAGCGUCUGAUGAGUGUGUACUCGAACCCUGUACAUUACUCAAUUACACCACCAACACGGCGAAGCACCAUCCUCCUUGGGUUGAUGAGACGCCUGUUGGUACUAGUGAGAUUGAUGGAGGGAGAGAGGAGAAAAGGAGGAGGACAAGAUUCUGGAAGUGGCCCACUCUCCACUUUCCCAGAUCUGCAAAAUACGACCUGGUUCAAGCUGAGAAAGACUAUCAGAAUGAGGCCGGAUUAUACCGUAAACUUUCCAAAGGUAAAAUCACAUGAACAUGUCAUUAUAGUACAAUACUGAUUGAUGACUGAGAAAUCAUGUCAAAAGAGAAACAACCCUAAUUUGAGAUUGCAUUUUAUUAUUAUUAUUAUUAUUAUUAUUAUUAUUAUUAUUCAUUUUAUUUACUUUAUUUUAUAUAGCUCCAACUUCUGAAGUCCGCCCUGCUGCUGAGGAACAGCUGAAGCAGGGCAUCCUGGACAAGCACCACAUUUGCAGCCGCUAUAAAGUUGGCGACAAGCUGGGUGAAGGAGGAUUUGGCUCUGUGUAUGCAGGGACUCGAUGCAAGGAUGGACUUGAGGUUUUUUUUUUUUUGCCUACAAAACUUGACAUAUCAGUUCAUAACAUAUGACAUAUGUGCACAUGCUAAUUGCUAAUUCUUUGUUUUGUUGAUCAGGUGGCUGUGAAAUAUUCAGUGAAGAUGCCAGACAUGCCAUAUAUCAAAGUGGUGAGUAACCUGCACUAUGUUAGUGACUGUUUUCAAUUUAUACCGUAACGUCUUAUAUUCAUGUUAAUCACAGACUUCAAAAAAAUGUUUUAGUUGCCAAAUUGUUUGAUUUGUGGACUAAAGCCUUGUUUACACUGCACACGUCUGCGAUGCGUCACGGCUCUGGUGAGGUUUUGUUCCGUCCUGUAGGCGGUGCCAAACCACACCAGGAGCAUUUUAGGAACAAAGCGACAGGAUUUGCGAGACCACAUGAUUUGCCUGACCUACGUUGUUUUUCUCGAAUUUUUUGUUCUAGCAUGGCCUGGUCAUCCCAAACGCCUCCCCUUGGAGAUCGGCCUGACGUUGAUGGCCAAUAAGGGCCCCAGCGUUCCUCAGAUAAUUAAACUGCUGGACUGGCAGGACGACGCAGACCACUGCAUCAUGGUCAUGGAGCGGCCCUUGCCUUGCAUGGACAUGUUUAGUUUCAUGGAGCUCCAAGGAGGAAGCCUCAACGAGGGGACAGCACGACAUGUUAUGCGGCAGGUCAUUCACGCUGCUAACGUUUGUUGUGAGCGCGGUGUCUUCCAUCGGGACAUCAAACCGGAAAACCUGCUGGUGAACCAGGACACCAUGGAGGUUAAAUUGAUUGACUUUGGGUGCGGUGCGCUCAUGAAGAAAUCUGCCUUCAAAGUCUUCAGUGGCACAGAAGGUUACUGUCCACCAGAGGUCGAAUACAACGGCAAGUACCACGCAAAGCCGACGACAGUGUGGUCACUAGGGGUCCUCCUGUUCAUAAUGGUGUGCGGAGGUUAUCCCACAGCCGACGACCUGUUCAUGAUCUAUGCCAACAUCUGGACCAGUCCUGGUCUGUCACAAGAAUGCUGCGAUAUGAUUUGCGCUUGUCUGCACCCUCAACCACAGAAGAGACUCGUUCUGGAGAAGAUGCAUCUUCAUGACUGGUUAAAGGUACUGAGUCUAAGACUAGCUAAAUGUUUUUUGUUUGUUUUUUUUCAUUUUGUUGUUUUUGUUUUAUUUUGAUCAUCAGUCAUAUAAUCAUCAUAGGGUUAAGUCAAAGGGUAAGUCAAAUUUUAUCUAAAUGUAAUGUAUUUAGACAUAUAACGCUGAUUUAUGUUUUUGUUUCAGGUCAUGGAGUAAGACAUGGAGAACAUCAGCAAACAACUCCUGUCACGGCCACCCUGUUGUUCUGUCUUCAGUCAGCUUUGUGUCUGGCGGGCUGACAUGAGUGGCGUUUACAUCCUGCCACUUGGGCCAUAGAGUCUUGCGGGGCCGGCAAAUCCUGUGAGUGUCUGGAGCCUUGAGUUGAAGCAGCAAUAUUUGCAUCCAGCGGCAUUGCUUGUUUUGGGAUCUGUAAACAAUAGUUGUUAUAUAUUACAGCUUGAUCCUCCUCUGCCCCCUCCUCCAGCUGAGAGUUGAGCUCCUGAACUCAAGAGGUGCUCUAGCGACUGACGCUAGAGACUGCGGUCUUUAGCCUCCUUGUUAGAGCGCUCACCUCCCAUGCGGACGGGCCCGGGUUCGCGUCCCGGUUGGAGCAUGCAGGUGCGAACUAGAGGGGCUACAAUAGCAGCCAGCAGCGAGUCCCCCGUUCCCUGCUCCACCCCAUCAUGGCGAACGACGGCGACUCCUCCGCUCCCUUUUCGGAUGGCAGCCACCCCAUCUUGACCCAGGACCAUCUGUUGUAUCAUCGCUCCAGCACCACUGCCUCGGGCAGCCACUCGCGGUCUUCACUCUUCCGUGCUGCCUGACCUCCUCAGCACUGCAAUCCCCCUCAGCAGCAAGGGCUGUCCAACAGCAUGUCCCUCCUUCCUCCCGGUUUUUGGCACCAAUGUAACGCAGUUCGUAUAUACGGGAAGAAGGAGGUGGGAACCGGCGAACGUUCAACAUCUUUAAUAAAUAAAAUAAACAAAAAACAAAACAAAAAUAAAAAGGCGGCAGUCCCUCAGACUGCCGCACACGCAAACAUAAUAAAAACAUAACAUAAAGUCCAGGCCUGGUUUUCUCUCGUCCUUCACUGUCGUCGCUACUCCCUUUAUGCUUCCGGAGCUCCUCCAUGAGAGAUACGAGGUGCAGUGCGCAGGUGACGCUCCUUAGCAAUCAUGCCACCGGCCUCGCUCUGUUCUCUCAUGGCUCUCACCCCGCCCUGCUUGUCACAAUAUAUAUAUAUAUUAUAAAAAAAAUUUGUUAGACAUUUUUUCUUUUAUUGUUAAUAUUUAUGUACAAUAAAUAUAUAUUUUUAUUG